AUGGUUAAAUCAAGCCGUCCUUUCUCCGCAUUACUUCAAGUGAUCCACGGAUAUCCGAUUUUCAUCGUUCAGGAAUCUUUUUAUCAAACUUCAGACAUCACAGCAGACAUUGCUCGUGUGAAAUAUUACAGAAACACUGUGUACGCUCAUGCCGAGCGUACUUCAGUUGAUGAAGCGGAAUUCAAAAAAUACUGGUCUGACAUCCGGGCCGCUCUAGUGAGACUGGGAGGUACUAAGUAUCAGAAAGAGAUUGAAAAUCUUGAAACUGCUUGCAUGGACCCUGAAACUGAAGAUAAAUACAAAGACCUUCUUGAAGAAUGGCAGAAGAAUGAAGAAGGUAUCACGUAUAGACUGGACAAGUUGGGAAACCAAAUCGGGACUAUCAAAAACUAUCUAUCGAAACUAUCGAAUAAAGUCGAACCUGUCGAGCCACCAGCUCUUGAUUUUUACUGUGAGAAAUGCAAGGUGUGCAUUUCCGCCCAGGAUAGAAAAAGUAAUCACAUUGAUCACACUACAAUGACAAAACGACAGGCUGCAGAUAGACAAAAGCCAAAGAUAAAAGAAGCUAUGAAGAAAAUGGAAGAGAAAAUUCGUGUUUAUGAGGUGAAGGUGGAAGAAGCAGGCGACCAGUUGACACGAAGUCAAAGAGACAUUGAAAAAGCCCGAGGAGUGGUAGCGAAGACUGUUGAAUCUCUCAUACAGAUGUUACAGGAUCACAAAAAGGACACGGAGAACAUUUUGAACGAUAUUGAAGAAGUUCACAAAAAACACAACGAACACUUAAAGCAGUCUCGCGAGCGGUUAAAAACCAAAUCAGAAGAAUUACAAGCCACCUUAAACAAAAACGACGCUGAUGAAAUUUUAGAAACUUGUCAAUCUGUCGAUGAAUAUGGCAAAGAUCUCUGCGAUGCUGGCAGAAGUCAUCAUAAAAAACGGGCGCUGAAUGUCAGGUACGAGACAAACGAUGAAGAUAUUCAAAGAAUAAAAUGCGCAAUCCUGGGCCGAGUCGUAAGUGACGACAAUUCAACGACUGUCUACUCAGUGGUAGAGAGAGAAGGCCUGCAAGGAGUAGAAAUCGGAAGAGCGUCUUCCCUCAAAAUCCUGACCCGAGAUGCAAAUCAAAAACAGGUUUACAACGCGGACGAUAAGAUAGAAGUGAAAAUCCAGACUCCUCUUGGAAAGGAUCUCAGCACUGAGAUUAUAAACAAUAAAAAUGGUUCAUACAUCGUGUCCUAUACACCUGACUGCGACGGACAACACGAAAUAUCGAUCGCUGUCAAUGGAAACCCCCUUCCUUUAAGUCCCUGGCGUGUUCACGUGACUCCACAUCAAUACGAAAUUGGAUCAGUUUUCGGGAGAACUGGUAAAGCCACAGGAGAAUUUGAUGGACCUUGUGACAUUGCAAUCAACGAACAGACAGGGGACAUUGCCGUUGCUGAUGCUAAGAACAACAGGGUACAAUUGUUCAGCUCCAAUGGACACUUCACCAAAGAGAUAAGUAAAUCUGGCUGUGGUGGAAAGGAACUGAAUUCUCCUACUUCCGUGGGAUUCACCAAUUCUGGUGACAUCGUCAUCAUCGCUAGCGGUGAUAUUUAUUUCUUCAAUAACGAUGAUGACAGUCUCACAAAAGCUUCCAAAAAACUCGCGAAAGAUCCAAGAUUCUUGUCUGUCAGUGGCGAUAAGAAUCUGAUCUUGUGUGACUGGAGCGAUAACACAGUAAAGGUCCUCUCCCCUGACGGUACAAAAUUGAUGAUGAAGCCAUUCAAAGAUCGCCUGGUGAAUGAUCCUCCAUGGUUCGCUAUUAGUCACCAAGAGAGGUUCUUCGUUUGUUACGGCUUGAAUCAUGUAGUCAAAGUGUUCAACAAGGAUGGAUGGUUUCAGUACAGUAUUGGUGGCGUGGGCUGUGGUGACGGACAAAUGAGUUAUCCUACUGGAAUUACCAUUGACAAGUUCAACAACUUGAUCGUGUGUGACCCCAGCAACCACAGGCUGCUUGUGUUCUCACUGGAUGGAAAGUUUGUCAACUCAGUACCUGGACUGGAGUGCCCUGGAACAGUUGCUGCUUCAUCUACUGGGCAGCUUUUUGUAACAGACUUUACCAAAAACUGUAUUCAUGUCUUACACUGAAGAAGAUGGUAAACUCAAGACUCAGUCAUUUUGUAGCAAAAGUGACUCUUGACCUUAUUAUUAGUCCAUGAUUUUCGAGGGAUGAAGCUACAAGUCAGCAUUCAAAGCUAAUUAGUUGAAAUAGAGACAAGCCUUCUGAUUGUUUCAGAAAAACUCUUAAGUAUUUUUAUUUGCAAAUAUUUCAUUUAGUGUUUUGAUAAAAUUUAGUAACUUUUCGUUGGAAAUUGCCAGAUAGCUGGUACAUAAGCAGGAUUUCAAUAAUAGAUGACAUAUUCGUGAAAGAACUUUUAUCUAUGUUUAAAACUUUUGUGAUUUUAUCCUUUUAUCGGGACCCUUCGUCACUGAAGUUCCCUGCAGCGGCGGUCGGCGGGCCAAAGCCGACUUUACCACCUUAUCAUUUGACUCAUUUCGCCCGCUAUGUCAAUUCAGCGACUAAAUUACGAUGUUUUACAGGCUUUAUUACCUCGUAUAGCAACGUGCAUAUCAUUAUUUACAAAAUGUAUAGGGUAACUUAUUGAACUUUAAAACGCCUUAAAAUACAAGUUUGGUCGAGUAGAUAAACUCUGAAGAAAUAUAAAUAUAACACAAAAAGUAGCAGAGAUAUUAAACGAUGGGAAAGAUUAAAACGGAUUUUGCAUGACCGCUCUGAAAAGUAUAGGCAUAGUUUUUUAAGAUUGAUAAUCGGGACCUAAAUUAAUUAGGCCAGGGUAAGAAACAUCUAUUCAAUUUACAAGAGCAGUCAAUAACUAAA